UACGCACGUACGUACGUACGCGAACCAUAAACAUGUCCUGACUCGAUUGCAUGCAUUACUAGUCUUGUGUGGACAUGGUCAGCGUCACAUGUUCAUGCGGUAAUCGCUCAAAACAUCGCGGGGAUCAACCGCGGAUACGCGACCCCCGAUGCCCCGUAACAAGCCUGGUGGAGAACGAGCCCGUAGUCCCAACGGUCUCAAGCGAACAAAAAAACCAGAACAACGAGAAUCCCCCCAUCGGAGGAACCUCCGUUUUGCCAGCUACCCGCUCCUCUUCAUCUUUGGCCUGCUUCGAUUCAUCGUCUUCCAGGUUUGGGUGCUUCUCUCGCACGCAUUUUGGCGAGUAACAGACAUAAAACACAAGUACGCGGUGGGCCGUUCAGCAGCGAGCGCUUCCGUGGAGACGACGGUGAAUGGGACGCAGUUGACGGGGGUAACUAUUGCCUCAAACACCGACGGUAAAACUGGUCAUUCUAGCCCAUCUGGAAUGAUGAAUGACACAGCUUGUCAAGAAGCUGAUUUGUUAGCGAAACAAAAACAGCAUCACAAGAAGGCCUUUGAAUAUCUUUCCAAAGCGCUGAAAAUUGACGAGGAGGAAGGAGGAAAUAAAAAGUUAGCUUUAGAUUACUACAAGAGGGGCAUCAUUGAAUUAGAGAAUGGUAUCGUCAUUGACUGUGAGAAGCCAGGUGUGGAGUGGGAGAGAGCCAAACGUCUUCAAGAAAAGAUGAAAACCAAUCUGGAGAUGGCCAAGGAGAGAAUAGAGCUUCUCAAUACAAUGGUAGGAACAUCCUCAUCAACUGCAUCGUCAGAAAACAUGGGUGUGGCCUCCUGUACUAGAUCCAGCCAGUGCUAUGAUAAUCAAACUGCUGGGUCAAAGGUUAAAGGGGGUGCAAAUGCCAAGGGGAAGCAGAAAAGUAGUUUUGGAACCACUGGAAUGAAGGUCUUUGAUGAACCUAGGGAAAAGGUUGUCAAAAAAGCCAAAUGUGCCGUCUCUCAACCUGAAGGAAACCAGAGAGUCUCCUCACCUAAGAUGAUCCAUAAGAGCACUGUCUUGCCUCGUUCAUCACAACGUGAGGGAAUAAGAAGCAGAAGCCCUGCAACACCUGAGAGACGACCAGCAUCCUACGCCCAACGACAUAGCCAUGGAUCAGAGUCUGCUUUGACUACAUGCUCAAGGGGCCGUGGCUUGACAAGGAAAGACAUCACCAAUGCCAACCACGCCCCAACUAAUGACAGGGCAUCCUCAGCUGUACGGCAGAAAGUCAACAAGAUAAAGAAUGUGGAUUCCAAACUGGCACACCGCAUACUGGACGAAAUCAUGGACAGUGGGUUACCGGUUAAAUUUGAUGACAUUGCUGGGCAAGAGGUUGCCAAACAGGCCCUGGAAGAGAUUGUUAUCUUGCCGUCUCUCCGACCGGAGCUGUUUACAGGCCUGCGAGCCCCAGCCAGAGGCUUGCUGUUAUUUGGACCACCUGGAAAUGGCAAAACGAUGCUAGCCAAAGCAGUUGCCCAUGAAUCCAAUGCAACCUUCUUCAAUAUCAGUGCAGCAACGCUGACGUCCAAAUAUGUCGGUGAGGGAGAGAAGCUAGUCAAAGCACUCUUUGCGGUUGCUAGGGAGUUACAGCCAUCUGUUAUUUUCAUUGAUGAGAUUGACUCUCUUCUGACUGAGCGAAAAGAAGGAGAACACGAAGCUAGUCGUCGCCUCAAGACAGAAUUUCUUCUGGAGUUUGAUGGGGUGACAGCUGAUCCAAAUGAGAGAGUUUUGGUAAUGGGAGCUACAAACAGACCCCAGGAACUGGAUGAUGCAGUACUGCGUAGAUUUGUGAAAAGAAUCUAUGUCACUAUGCCAGAUAUGAAGACGAGGAAGGUGUUGCUGACCGGCCUGCUGGCUAAGCACCACACUCCAUUAACUAACGAUGAACUGACCAAGCUAGCUCAGAUGACCGAAGGCUACUCAGGGAGUGACCUAACAGCACUGGCCAAAGACGCUGCACUUGGACCUAUACGAGAACUUGGCCCAACUCGUGUGAAAUCUACUGCUGCAACAGAGGUACGAGACAUCAAGCUGUCAGACUUUCAGGAAUCUAUCAAACACAUCCGCUGCAGUGUACAACCUCACCUUCUGGCCACCUAUGCUCAGUGGAACUCGGUGUAUGGUGAUGUUGCUGCUCUCUGAUGACAUCAUGGAAAUAUCUUCUCAAACAGCGUGCCUGUGUGUCGCCCUCUUGUGGAAGGAAAUUGUCAGCUGUAUCAAGUGGCCUGUUAUAGUACCCCUGGAGUACAUGCCAUUGUUAGAUUUCUGAAGCUCUUAGCCAAGCAUGGAAUGUAAUAUUUCCCUGUCAAGUACCCUUCCUGAAUUGAACUAGUUAGCUGGCUUAUCGGGAUAAAGAACUGUUGAUCAACACAAUAUUGCCCUGCAGUAAAAUGGAAAUACUGUAUUACAGACAAACUUGUGUUAUUUUCACAGUGUUGGAAACUGUCAGAGGAGUUUUCCGAGCCUUAACUUGGUCUCUGGGUUUAGCUGCAGGUUUCAGUUUCAUGAUUACAUGUCCUGAAAAUGGCAUCUCCCAGCUCCAGAUUGUAGAAACAUCAUGUUGCCUCCUGUAAAGCCAAAUGUUUGGAAUGUAUUCCUUCAUUUCCAAUAGUGAAGAAGGCUCUGAGGCUUGAGAUGAGACUGAAUCUAGAGAUUAGAUGGGGACCAGAAAAGAGUCCCAUUGACCUCGUAAUCAGAGCAUUCUAGUAGGUCCAAGCAAGUAGACCCUGGAUGUGCAAGCUUGCCACAUGUAGAAAUCAAUCAGUAUGUCCUUAUUUGUUUUUUGUUUGGUGUUUUGCCCUGAAGCAAUGUGUAUUUGUAAAGAGUGUCCACUUGUUGUCUUGUGAAAACAAUCACAUGCAUACUUGUGAGACGUGAACCCAUGACCGCCUACUUACAAGUGCAUACGUCUUGUCACUCGACCACCGAGCUUGCCGAGGUUGCCGGAGUGAUUAGUCAGAUGAGCAGUGGGUCCCAGGCUAAGCAUUUGCUAUAAAUAUAUGAUUUGUUUUUACUGAGUAUACAGUGUUCAUAAACGCACAUCAGUGCUGGGCAAAAUAGCAAACAUGAAAAGUUCAUAUCUCCCACUCUCAUAACUUAUAUUUUAUGAAACAUGUUUGUACUUAAUCUCACUCGGGUCUUUACGUUCUCAAAGUGAAUGAAGAACCGAAGGCUUUCAAACUUGUAGCAGUGUCAUUGUGUGUUAACACAGCAACUAUUUUUACAGAUCAUAAUUUUCAAAAUUAACUUGCCUGCCAAAUCAACACAAAAUGCCAGAAGCAUUGAAAGAUUGAAAUCUAUUUAUAGAUAAGCAGUUGAAUGCUACUAUAUCAAAUACAAAGAAAUAAAUGUCUAGCAUAGUUGUUCCACUUUGUGGAGUGUGGUUUCUCACUCUGCGCUGCAUUUUUCAUGGUAAUUGAGAAAUUAGAGCUAGAUGGUUGGCAUGGAUUCAAUAGUUAAAAUACAUGCAUUCCCAUUGGAGUUGUGAGUACAGUGUAAUGCCCUCUGUUGAUAUAUACCGGAUAAUCUCAGGAGACAUCAAUGAUGCAGUAACACCACAUUCAUGCAUGCUGUGUGCAUUCUGUAACUUGAGCUGCACAUAUAUUUUAGCAAGUUGUAAACACCUCAUACAUUGAAAAAGCCUUCAACACAUGCACGUGACUUGCUCCCCAGUAUGGUACAAGUGGAUUAGCUUUUAGAACCCAUGGAAGCAUUGUGAAUCAAGUACUCUUGGAUAAGGCAGGGCUUCCCUACAUCGUGGUUUAGUCUUGGUGAUUGAGGCAACCUAAUGGUUGGGCCCAGGAAUCAGAUUAUCUAAUGAAUAGGCUGAAAGAGCGCACUCUACUAUGACUGCUCAAAGUAUCCAUUAUAGUGGCAUUCAACUCUGGAGAGGAGUUUGGCAUCUUGUAUAUAAAGAAAAAAAGAAGCCACACUGUUGCUUCAAUUUAUGGAAAAUAUAAGCAAGAACCAAAAGAUUAGUUUGCCCAUCAAAAGUGACAACUCAGAUCGUGUUAAAUGUAGAUAGAAUAUGUAGCCUUUUUAUCUGUGCAAGUCACAAAUUGCUAAUCACAAGUGUUCAUACAUGUAGCUGGCACUGCAGAUUAUCUACCUCUGGAAUUAACAUUUGCUAAAGCAAAAUACUCAGUAAAAUCUCAGUGACUGUACCAACUGAUUAUCCCUUUAUUUUGUUCACUUGAACUGAUUUCAAGAGAUACUUUUCAUUUUCAUAUUACUUGCAGUUUUUCUAGUUAAUUUUAAUACUUGACAGUCUUAGAAAAACGUCAAGGCUAAAACCCGGAUCUUAAUAACAGAUCACAGAAAACCGUUGCUAUUGCUGAACUGCGAUUUUUAAAAAAAAUAUUAAUCUCAAUGCAUCUUUCCUCAAUCUGUUCUCCAAAAUUACCUCCCUAACUACAAAGAAAAUGUGAUGGCUGGAACUGAAGGAAUGACUUGUGAAUUUCUCCUUGGCCUUAAAACCUAUCAGGGACAGUAAGUCUUCCAAUAUUUUAAUGCAUGCUGAACUACUUAGAAUUUGUUGCUUGACAAGUUCCUUGAUGUCUCUCCAGAGUUCAGUCUCAUUUUGCCGUGAACAGCAUUCUGUAGCAGUUUUGAUCAAAUUUGUUGCAAUUUUGAUAAGGAUUUAUUGAUGUUUUACCACUAACCUCUCCUGGUAUGAUAAAAAUGUCUGAAUUGCAUUCUGUGAAAGCAGUCCAAAUUCUAUAAAGAUGGGCAGAGAUUGAGAUUUGAAUGCUUAUGAAAAUUUGGUUCUUGAUACUCUUAGGUUGAUGGGUUUUAUUUAGAGUUUUCAGAGCUUUUUGCUAUAUUUUAUAAUCAAAAACCUCAGGAAAACAUUUCUAAAAGAAAAGGGAGGUGCUUGAUAGACGCUUCAUCAAUAAAACUUGCUUUAUAGAAGGAAGCAUCAAAAGUCGCAGGGGAGCUUCAUGGAAUAAUAUACACAGUGGAUAGACUUCAUAUUAAAAGUUUAUAGUGGCUUUUGAGGAAUUUGUCCUGUUUACAUUUGUAAUAUUUCUUGAUUUUGUUUUCCUAAUCUGUAAUCUUGUAAACUCAACAAAAAGAAUUGUAGUUUUUGUCUGAGGUGUAUGCAUCGUUGAACUUGCAGGUUUGGUGUUACAGGAGUUCUGUAGCUGAUUUAAUUUCCUUGACGGUAAAUACUUUGUUAUUCCAACUUUCAGGGUGGAGUUCAAAUGACUCACUUUCACUCUGUUGACUGUAAUGGCUCGUCUAUCCUGCAGUGUUGACUGACAAAGCAAGAAGAAGUGUGAAUAUCUUUCCGAACCAACCAAGCAAACAACUGGAACUAGUGAGCAUAAAGUUAAAAAAGCUUUGUGCAAUGAAUGAGUAAAUUAGCCAAUAAGAUGGCAACAAAACCGGUAGCAGGAAAGUUGAAUGAAAACAGCUGCUGGAAAAAAUCUGCCUGGCUUCCCUUUUAAGUGUAUUCUCAAAUCAUUUUUACUCCAAAAGUGACAUUAUUAGUUGUGUUGAAGAUACCAGUCAUUCUGAGGUUUAUCCACUUCCUGCUGGGUGGAGAUAGUGGCAUGGAGGACACGCUGUCGGGCGCUUCAUUUUUUUCCACUUUCAAAAUGCUUCAAAAAUUCACAUCUUCGUUUGCUGGAUGCAUACACCCAAAUAAAUGACUGUCUUGUGGGACUCUUAUCUGACAGGCAACCUCCAUUAACAUUUGCGUAUUGCAGCCACGCCUGCAGCCCAGUAAAGAGCCCCCAUUGUGUGGUGUUGCGUAAUUUCCUCUUUGUUCUUGAAGUUGGGCCAGUGGAUUGCUGGAUGGCAUUGUCUGUAGUAAUGCAGCCAGAUUUCACAAGUGCCCAAUGGUAUUGUAUUGUUUACCACUGGAGUGCUUUUGUCCCCACUGAUAAUCCGCGGGCACUGUCAGUGGCAAACAGUGGUACUGUUUCAAAACAAUGACGGAUUACCUCUGCUAAAAGUGGCCAGCCCUCAGCAGACAGCUAUGAACCUUGAUUGGCAACUCCCAGCAGCUGACUGACAGCAAGUAAACUUUUUCUAAAAAUGCUGAGCAGCUUCAUUUUUUUUAAUAAAGUUCCGAUUUCGGGCACCCCGGCCAUGCGUAGACAGCCAACGUCUCCAGUUCUGGGCUGCCUGGCAGGAAGUGGUUAAUGGAUUGAAUUGCAGAUACUGAUGUUCAACAUCUUGAGUAAACUUUUAAUUAAAAGUGUGUAUGCUUAGUCCAACAACAGUGAAACUAGAAGAGUUUACAAAGCUUAUAAAACUGAGUUGAUGCAAGCAUUCACACUCCUCCCUAAAGGUUCUUUGGCACAUUUUAUAAUUGCCUUGAAAUACUUUGUUAUCUACCGACAACUUUCAAUCUUUUUGUAGUUGUUAAGGAAUGUUACUUUCAUGGGAAAUUUUAAGUGUGCCCAGCAGAAGUGGCAAGUUGUAGCUGAAAUAUUUCAUGUUUUGGUGACAUUUUUGCUGUUCAACAUCCAAUGAUUCCUUGCGUGUUUGUAACACAAAUCAGAGAAGUUCACAUACUUGUGCCAUUUUUGGGUAAUUUUUUAUUUCUUUGAAUUGUUUGUAUUGUUCAUAUUUAGCCGAGUCCGAGUAUUGUAUUGUUGAUUAAAACAAUGGUAUCUAUACAGCAGCACAUAAGGUUCCAAGGGGUAGAAGCUAAUGUACAUGUACGGUAUUUUAAUGUGGCUGACACAUUGGAAAUAUUUUGUUACAACUUGGGACAAAUUUGAGUGACUAUACCUACUACAAUAAACCAAUGUUUGACUAGUGUCACUCAAACUGACUACCUAGUUGACCACUUAGAACCAAGUCUUGGGAUCUUGUAUUACUGAAACUAAUGACACUAAAUGAGAGACCAUGAAUGUGGUGAGAGAUGUAACCAAGGUUAGACUGUGAUUGACAAAGUGCUUAAAUGGUUAGGCUUGGGUCAUUUGAAUGGGACUCUACUUUGUUUAUGCAUUGGCUAGAGGCAAUAUCAGUUCAAGCAUUUUCUCUUGCCAACGUGCAAGACAAGAGUUCCUCUACUGGUCAACUUGGUUCACUCUCAAACUUCCCCAAGGAAUUCUGCUCUUUGUUGGCAGUUAUUACCAAUUAGAGCUUGAAACUUUGCAUUAUGGAGGUUGCAUAUUUCAAUUCUGCUUCAAUUGUUUUUACGCUGAGGAAUGAAAACGCUCGGUGGACAGAUCAUUUAAAGAGAGUGAUGCAGCCUACAAGUUGUUCCUGAAAUGUCCUUUGUACAUACACUUUGUCACAUGCCAAAUCACGCUUUAUUUACAAGUAUUAAAUGUGAACAUUUUAAAUGCUUUGGUUUUUUGCAGAGGUAUAUAUUAGGAUAAAAGGUAUAUUAGAGUCUAGAAAUGUGCUGUAUAGAUUAAAGCUCAGAUUUUGUUUAAUUUGGAUUAAUAUAAGGUAGUAAUUUCACUUCAUCAUUUGUGUUACCUGUUUAUCACUUCUGGAAGUGAUAUGAACACAGUGCACUGGAAAAUAAAUAUAUAUGUAUGGUAUUUACUAUUUUAUACCGAGCGGUACAUAUUGAUUAAAGAGAAUAAAUUAUGGAGGAAACUU